CUGCUGUUGAUACCAAGUGGUCAAUGAUACCAAGCCACGACUGAGAUAUAAAGACACAUCCUGCUCCUACAAAUACAAGGUCAUCAAUUACAAGCACCCACGACAUGAGCGCUGGCCGUUCUCUUACUGCCAAGUGGGAUCUCGCAGCUGCUCCAUCUGCCGGUCCAGGCCCAGCAACAUCUUCAUCCAAUGGGACACCUUCCAAGCAUCAGCAGCAGGUGCAACCCACCAGCGCGGCACUUACGCCCGUAGCACGCUCGCUUACCGCUCGCUUCACCAAAGCGCCGAAUUCGAUCCCAGUGACACCUGAAACGUCAUUACUUUCCGUCCAGCAGGUAACUUCGCUUGCUGGGCCAGGUCAAGCUCCAGCCUCAACAGUAACCGACGCGUCAUCAGCGGCGGCCCAGAGAGAGCCGUCCCCACCUCGUCAAGCGCCCGAAGCUGCCAUUAUUUCGAUUGCAGUAGCAGGCCGGUCCGAGAGCGUAGCAGAGCAAGCUGCCUACCUUGAAGGUGGCCAGGAAGCAGCUUAUAAAGGGAUAGCGUCAUCGAAGCUCGAAGUGGUUCAGACAGCAGAGGUUGGCGCUUUCGCUUCGAGAGCGAAGAAUACGCCAAAGGGGGCCUUGCUGUCAAACCAAGAGCCAGAAUCAGGGCCCGAGGUCGCCGAAAGCCUGGAGUCGGAGGGGAAGGAAGCAAACGCGGAAGAAAGGAGCUCACGAUUUCACAUUGGAGUUGAGGACGAAGGAAGUGAAUCAACUGAGGAUCCUUCGCCAAUAGCCACUGAUGACCGCUGCAUAGCAGCCGCAUCCCUCGUCAGUGCUACAGCAGGCACCAAGAGCGAAGGGACAGAGACCGAGCUUGACGCAGCGUCACAUUCAGAGCAGGAGCAGGACGAGCACUUAGUCGCAAAGCAGGUCGCGCAGGAGACACCGGGGAAUCAGCCUGGAUCUUCCUCGCAAGUGAACAACCCUGCAAUCGUCCACACUAUCAACCGCAGACCCGAAGCUCUUUCCUUCUCUGUGGCCUCAAAAGCGCAGGGGUAUCCGCCUAUUUCGCCUACAUCCAACGCCCAAUCUACUGCUGCCGAGGCAUUCUACUCUCCACAGACACAGGAAGUCCCACUGGUAGAUUCAGCAGAAGCAUCACCUGUCAAUGCGACGGGUAAGCUCCCAGAUUCUAUAUCAAGCAUAUCUUCAUCUGCACCAGUUUAUACAGCGCUCGCAUCACCAAGAGAUAGCGCUAGCGAGCAGCAGGAGUCAUCUUUGCCAGUCGAGCUCAAAGACGAAGACGCUUUUUCGGUUGACUCACAUUUUUCCACGAGCAGCAGCGCCGUAUCGAUUUUUUCCAGUGCCGCGUCCUCAGGGGCGAAGCACAGUCUUGGCUUCAGCCUCGACGCUGGGGACAAACCCACGCUCGGGGGGUCCGGGGCUGUCUUUGAGGAUUUUCCAAAGCCACUAUUCCCCACGCGUUCAGCAGCGGACGCUUCGGCAAGAGCAAAAGCACCGAACGUUGCGGAUAGCCGACAAGAAGCGGAAUCUGGACCCACAGCAGACGGAAGUGAAGUGAAAGAAGGCGAAAGCCAACAACAACAAGACUUAGAAGAAGAAGGUAUCUCAGACGAGCAUUCGGAUGCUGGUACUGAAGUAGGGACGAUCGACUCAUUCGAAUCCUCAAGAGACUACGAAGAUCCGUUUGCGCUUCCUGCUCCAAGUUCUAAGGCUGCCUCCAACGCCAGUGGGCCGACCAUUUUGCGGCUCUUCGAACACGAGUACGUUAGUCCAAACGUAGACUACGUAAACAAGAAACAGACAAGCUUCACGCUCGUCGUGCCACGUUCCAACAUCCAGAAACCAGAGAUAUCUUCGAUCAUAGGUUCUGCUGGAGGCAUCGGCCCAGACUUGCUCUUCUCUUCAAACAGCUCUCUGAGCCCAGGCCAAAAACCUCCGUUUGCGUCUGUGCUCAGAAGACGCCACCGCAAGCCCUCCGCAUCUUCUGCUCGCGACAGGGUCAACGGAUUUGACCAUCUGUUGGAAACGGCUGCCGGAGCUGGAGCUGGGGGCGGGUCACGCUCAGCUCAGCAAGCACAGCCGCAAGGGAAGGACUUGAGCCAAGGACAGGAGCAAGAACAGAGCAUGGAAUCAUAUCUAAUGGUAAAGGGAAUCGAGGAAGAAGCGUCGGAGAAUUUGGAAACGGAGAUAACACUGCUGAAAGCGCCCUCCUCGGACGCGAAUCCAGGCUCCGGCCGUGCAACACCAACAUUGCCGAAGCUUGCGUUGCCAGCAGGAGACACAUCAUUAUCAUCACCGAAAAUGAGUUCCAACUACAGCGGCAGUGACGUCAGCGAGUGGCAAUCUUCGACCGAAGCGGUGCUUCGCGCAAGCAUGUCUUCGCCACCACCACCAGCCCGGCCACCCAGGCAUGCAGCCCGGCCGCCGAUAGUCAUCGAUGAUUCACACUCGCCACAGGGCUCCAUGAUCAGCCUGAUCAAAGGUGACGGUGCGACACCAGAGCCGAGCGAAAGCAAUUACAGUGAUGAUGGAAGCGAGGACGAGAGUGAGAUUUGGCGAGGGACGAACGUUUCUACUGACAAGAGUCCCUUGACACCCGCUGGAAAAGGAGGCAAUCAAGAAGCCGAAGAUGAUCGCGAAGCAGAGCAGCAGCGUAUGGAGCUUGCUGCGUGGGAGGCCGCGAUCGUGCGCCAGACGGAAGAGGUUAACAGGCACAAAGAGGAGGUGAGGAAGCGACACCCUAGUGUCGUGUGGGCCGAUCAGGUGGACUCGUCGGGCGGGGUGGGAAGUAUCAAGAAGCGCACAGCUUCGUCCAGUCUGGAUUUCAAUCCAAUGGCGGCGCUGCCCCAGCAACAGGUUACUGCCAGGAGCACGCUCGAUGCACUCAAAUCAAAUGGCGGCAUGCCCAAGCCGAUCAUCUGUGGACUGCCAGCAUCCAGCAGCGGAGGCUUUAGGCUCUCCAUUGCAACGCUCGAAACCCCAUCCGAAGACUUCAACCCCCGCGCCAAGAAUCCGAUUCUGCUCUCAAGCCCAAUCGCAUCUCUUCCAAGCCAAUCGCCGAGCAAUGACUACGCUCGUAAUGCAGACCUUUCAAAGGAACGCCUGGAAUCAGCCAUCGCUUUGCUACCGCCUCGACCUAACGGAAAGCCUCCGCUGUCCGAGCCUUUGACGGCUGCGCCCAUGAUGACCUCGGGUUCUUUUAGCGGAACAGAUGAAUUGAAGUCGAUAACACCCACGGAAGGCAAAGGGCAAAAGCGACGUUCCGGCAUGAUUGACUACAGCGCGAAGAGAACCUCGGCACGGCGCCAGGCUAUUGCGGAAGAUGAGGAGGAUGCCGAGGAAGCAGUUCUGUCGCUGGGACUUUCAACCGAGUCUGUUGAGACUUCUGCGUACGUGUCGGAUACGCCCGAGGUGCAACACCAGCCGAGUCUUCGACGACAAUCGAGCUUAUCCAAUGCGAAUUCGCCACCACUGGACAGUGAACUCAGCAACCGAAACAGCGUUAUUUCGCUGUCGAACACGGGCGUUCUAAAUUCAUUUACGCGUCGCACUUCACUGCUCUUGAACACGCCGCCACCCAAUGAACCACUCCCUCCUCGACCACAUUCAACUCAAUUCUCCCCAAAGCCAAUUCUGCUUGGAUUUGAAGAGCGCGCUACAUCACCACCGCCUCACGCACAAGAGACCGCACGGCCGGCUUCGCCACCGACAUCUUAUACAACAUCGUAUACACCGACAUCGAACCGACGACACUCCUCGAGUGAUUCGCCUGCCGGGAUGCCCAAGAUGAGCAUAGCAAUGCCCAUGCUGGUCGCGGACAGUCCUACCGUGUAUCCGACCAUCAGUCCAGAGUUUGUGGGCGGGCCACGAUCGCCCUCGCCUCGGCCAUUCCAAACAUUGCAGUCAAUCAGUGGUAUGAGAGACUCGAGCGCCGGGAGCAUCAGGAGUGCGCAGUCAGUCGCAUCAAAGGAACAUGCGCGCGUCGGCUCUCCCAGUCUGCGCAGCGUGAAGAGCAAGGAUUCUGCGCCGUCGCAUCCAAAAGCAACCAAAACAUCGAUCUUAGCAAGUAUAUCCGGCGCUAGCAAAGUUCUCGCCGGCAAAACGGGCGUGGAGCCUUUGACAAGGAGCAAGUCCAAAAGGACACGUCAUCAAGGCUCAGUUAGUUACGCCUUCAACGCGCUGCAUCGAUCACCGGCAGACCACACACGCCCGAUCCCUUCGCGCACCCUGACCAUAGCUGCAUCGCGCAGAGAACAAAUGGCGAACAUGUUUGAUUCGCUCGCUGAAUCAUCUGCCAUGUCCUCAGCUGGAUCGACAGGCACAGCCACUACGCCGCCAGCUUUGGCAGACCAGCCCCCGAGCUACCCCACAAAGCGACCUCAAAGUGCUGAUGUUACCUCGUCAUUUGCCAACGGUUUGGCAGAGUGGUCCCAGUCCCUGCCUGCUCUUGCGGACGUGUUAGCCGAAACGAGUCGGACCCUGUCUAUAGCAUCGAUGGACCCUGCGGGCAUCAUCUCGAAUCGGACGAUCCCUAUCGAGAAGGCGCAACUACCAGCGUUGCGUUCUCAAAGUGACAGUGACAUAUCGCAGGGUACGGCUUGCCGUACCCGCCGAGGCUUUGUCAAGGAGGAAGACAUAUCAAUCGAGACAAUCCCAGAAGAAGCGCCGGAAGUGGACAUUACCCCAUCCAAGCUCAAAACCUUGCGGCUGCGCAAGGCCGAGCUCGAUGAGUGGGUCAAAACCUCAACUUGGGACGACUUGCUCAUCAUCCGCUACCUACACGCAUUUGGAAAGGACCUCAAGCGGGUGAAGGCAAUAAAAGUGCUGGACCCAGCAGAGAUCAAGGGCUCCGCCUUCCCAGCAGCAGACGAGUGGAAACACAUCAAGCCCAAUGGCACCGUACCAUUCAUUCGCAUGGGGUACUACUUGGCCUCCCUCACGGCAUUUGCGACCACCAUCUUCUCGAGCACGCCUGUUCGUCUUGACCGACCCGACACUGAGCCUUCUGCCACUGCCUCCCUUGAGAGCGAAAGAGUGGUUCAGCGUGACGGAACGGACACGCAUGAACGACUCUACAUCACGGCUUUCCCGAUUUAUAGAGGCAUCGUGGGCGGCAUUUGUGACCUCUCCAUGUGGAAGAGCAAGAAAAGGACGUUUGUCGUUAUGAGCCAUCCCCCUUUCGCGAUGUCCAGGCCUACUUCAUAUUGUGGAGAUUUCAACUCUUGUCGUACGCCGCAAUUGUUGUGCCGUUGCUCUGGCUCCUCAAGAUGCGCGACCACCCACCUGCUCCAGAGCUCCUUCGACACUCGAUGCUCACAAGGGCGCAUCGACUCUUGCUCGCCAAACAAACUGCGGUGCUGUCAGAGAGCAAGCAGGCUAAACCUUUGACCCCAGACGCUGCCACCAGUCACGGGGCAACAGCUGUUCAAGU